CCUUAGCGCCUUAGCCUAAUAUUGUGCUAAUUGAGUACUAUGGUGAGAGUAGAGUUUGCAGGACGCUCUGAGGCUUGCAUAUUCCUUUCAACUAUGGUGCAUUGAUGUGCUUUCGCCGCUGACUGACCUUGACAUUGUCCUACUGAUGCUAAUUGGUGAUCUAGCACUUGGUUUAAUCAAACUGGCGUCUAUCGUGCCGAACUGCCCUCAACCACAUGUAAAUACACGUGCAUGCAUGGCCUGAAACCUCAUCCUCUCCCUCCUCUCACCAGCCGCGAGCUUCAUCCAGUCCCCAUAUUUCUACCCUGCUAUCCACCCACCGCUCAGCCCAUCCUCUUUCCUCGUUAUUCCAUCAUCAUGCCCGGUAACUGGGACGGCAAAUAUAUCAGACUUGAACGUGAGUCCCACAUUACCUUCGUAUUCAUUUUGUGCAUCAUCCUCUUGCCCUAUCCGCAGGCUUUUACGUCUCUAUUAACGUCGAUUCGAGGAGGCGCUGGAAAUCACCCGUUCGAGUAUUAUCAUCCGACAAAUCAAAAGUGUUGGGCGACAUCGUGAUCUUGUAAAGUCUAUAACAACUUUCAGAUGCGAUUCGAGGACUGAUCAUCCGUUUGUAGGUCAUUACGCGAGGUGCCUGAAUUAUCGGUGGAGAUCAGGGUAUCCUAUGAGCUCGGUCGAAUGCUAGGCAAUGGGAAAGUCGUUGCAAAAUUAGAAAUGUCGUGGGAUGAGCUACUCGAUCAUGGAGAUGGGCCUUUUGGUGAGU